CCAGAGACGCCCACUUCCACUGGUUCACCGUUUUCACAUUGUAUUUUUAAAAUAUGCGAAUUAUAAAAUAAUAUUUUCAGCAUUGAUAAGUUUAGUGUAGUUCAGUGGACAUGCGAAAUUGUGCUUUAGUUUCUGUUUCAUAGUGAUUUAACUAUUGUGAAAGUUACAAAAAUGACAUUAAAUAAUAAUAAUAUCUACGUGAUUUUUUGUGUGUAUAGUUUUUUAGUAUGUGUGGUCUACGCGCAGUUUGGAAGUGUAUCGAUAAGCGUAGGAAUGGGAAGAGGUAGCAAUGAAGAAGAAUUUUUGAAUCAAAAGAAUUCAUGUCCGCCUAACACAACUUGUAUGCCCAUCAGUUCGUGUCCAAUAUUAGAAGAUCUUUUGGAUUUUUCAUGCUUUUCGUCAGAUAAAUACUUCCAUCGUCUAAACGAGCUGACAUGUGGCAACUUCAAUAACGAGGACUACGUCUGCUGCCCCACUUGUGACUGCGGCAAGUUGUACCAGGAGGGCACGAAGCAGUGUGGCCAGAGCAUGGUACGAGGGGUCAACUAUAAGGGCAUCGGCAUACAUCCCUGGGUGGCUAGGAUUGGGUUCACUCACAAAGAAACAGGCAAUGUAAGGUUUGCCUGCAGCGGGUCGAUAAUAGGAAGACGCACUGUGUUGACAGCUGCACACUGUGCUCUCGCUAAACCAGAGGGAUACAAGUUGUCAACAGUAGUAGUAGGCGAAUGGGACAUAGGUCGUAGUCCCGAUUGCAACGAAAUGUUCUGCGCACCCCCCACCCAGGCCAUCAAGGUGGAUAGCGUUAUCGUUCAUCCGGGCUAUGAGCAGAAGAUCUUCCGACAUGACAUUGCCAUGAUCAUGCUCAAAGAUGAUAUCAAAUAUUCUGUGACAGCAGCGCCCAUCUGCCUGAGUGAUAACCCGGAAAUCAUCAUCAACGAACGCGCUGCGCUUGUUGGUUGGGGCAAAUUAUCCGGACAAAACAGCCUGGUGAGUCGUCAGCAGCAACUGGAUGUACCUUUGGUUCCUUUGGAAAUGUGUGCGCGCAUAUUCGGAGACUCGGUGCCGAUCAACGAGGGGCAGCUCUGCGCAGGCGGCGAGGAAGGAAGAGAUGCUUGCUCAGGCUUCGGUGGCGCGCCGCUUAUUUCAUUUAGAGAUGGACAUUUUGUACAGAUUGGCAUCGUCUCGUUUGGCUCAGAAAACUGUGGCAGUGAAGGAGUCCCCAGCGUCUACACCAAUAUAGCGCACUAUAACAAGUGGAUAGUUGACAGCGUGCCCUCGUUAUAGCUAGAAGCCCCCGCAGUCAGAAAAGUCUUUCUACCAACAUGCGACUUGUAACAUUGAAGUAUGAAGCUCAGACAGCAAAACAUAUCCUAAAAUCUGCGGCGUGCUUGCGUUGUGGCCGUGAAAAUUCACUUAACGAAAACUACUUUUUCUUUUACAUUUACCGUAAAAUAUAAUUUUCAUUGUAAGUAAAUACGUGGAGACGAAACAUAUCAACAUUUGGAUUCAAGUUUUUUUUGGAUUCGAGUUUCAGACCAUUGUUACUUAAACC